AUGCGCUACACAUUAGGAUAUACUUUCACGGGAACACUCGUGACGUUAGCCUCAUUGUGGAUUCUAUGGCAUGUGUUGACGGGUCAGGGUGAACGAGUCUCUGUUGGAUGGUUCCUUGAAACCACCAGCCCUUACAUGUGGGGAACUCUUGGAAUUGGUCUCGCAGUUUCUUUGUCAGUUGUAGGUGCAGCAAGUGGAAUUUUUGCAACUGGUACCUCUAUCGUCGGCGGGGGUGUUAAAGCUCCAAGAAUCAAAACAAAGAACUUGAUAUCGAUUAUUUUCUGUGAAGCUGUUGCAAUCUAUGGACUCAUCACUGCGAUUGUCUUAGCAGGUGUUCUUGACACAUACUCUUCAGAGAAAUUCAUGGAAAAUGAAAGAGUUCGAAGUGACAAUUACCUUGCUGGUCAUCUCAUGUUUGGAGCUGGAAUUGCAGUUGGAUUGGUCAAUUUAUUCUGUGGUCUUGCUGUUGGUGAAGUUGGAUCAGGUGCAGCUCUAGCUGAUGCAGCAAAUGCAGCACUUUUCGUGAAAAUUUUGAUCGUUGAGAUCUUUGGAUCGGCUAUCGGUUUAUUUGGACUCAUUGUCGGUAUUUACAUGCUAAGCAAAGCUUCAAUGGGUGACACCAAUUAA